AUGAAAAUAGCGAAAUUCAAAACAUUGGAUUACAUUUUGGUUUUCUUUUGCUGCUAUUUCGAUUUUAUAUUCUUUUUGAAGAAUAUGAUCCUUUUUCUAAAAGAAAGUGUUUGUUUCAAAUUAUAAAUUCUAAUAAAUUUUUCAUCAUUUUUAUAUGAGCAUGUUUGUUUUCUUCUCAAGAAGACAUUUUUGUCCCUUCCGUAAAACUUUUACACGCUUCUCUAGUGAAAAAGCCAAUCUAGGAAAAAAUAAACUUAAAAAAUUUCCUGUUCCUGGUGUUAAACAUAUAAUUGUUGUUGCUUCUGGUAAAGGUGGAGUUGGCAAAUCUACUACAGCAGUGAAUUUGGCUCUUGCCAUCAGUGCAAAUGAAAAGAACAAACUUGUUGGCCUACUUGAUGCUGAUGUAUAUGGACCCUCUAUUCCACUAAUGAUGAAUCUCAAAGGUCAACCAGAACUAACAAAAAAUAAUCUCAUGAAACCUUUGGUAAAUUAUGGUAUUAAAUGUAUGUCAAUGGGUUUCUUAGUUGAUGAAAAAUCCCCUAUAGUGUGGAGAGGUCUAAUGGUUAUGUCAGCCAUUGAGAAACUUUUUAGACAGGUUUCUUGGGGACCAUUGGAUUAUUUGGUCGUAGAUAUGCCACCAGGAACAGGUGAUACACAACUGUCUAUUGCUCAGACUAUACCUGUAUCAGGAGCUGUUAUAGUGACAACUCCACAAGAUAUUGCUCUAUUAGAUGCUCAGAAAGGAGCUGCUAUGUUUCAAAAAGUGAAUGUUAAGGUAUUAGGCCUCGUCCAAAAUAUGAAUAUUUUCAUUUGCCCAAAGUGUGGUGAAAAAAGUUACAUAUUUGGUAAAGAAGGAGCCCACAAACUUGCUUCUGAAUUGCAAGUGGAGGUUUUAGCUGAUGUGCCUUUAAAUAUUUUGAUUCGUGAAUCUUCAGAUUCUGGCCAACCUAUUGUUGCAAUGCAGCCAGAUGGAGAACUGGGGAAAAUAUACAGAAGAUUAGCUGAGAAAGUAGUGAAGAAUCUACCACCAUGGAUAGAUCCAUUUCCAUCUAAAUCAUAGAAUAAAUACAUAUAUUUUUAUGUAUAUAGCAUGUGUUUUUAAAAUGUAUGUGAAAAAUUUUGAAUUAUGCCAUUUAUUUAUAUUUAAAAAUUACUUCGACUUAAGAUCAGAAUAAGAAUUUUGUUGAGGUGAGAAUUGUUUAAGGUCAUCUUAGUCAUUUUUAGACAUUUAUAGUCUUUAAUAAUUUUGCUAUGUAUCAUGUGAAAGCUUGGUUUAAUAGUUGUGAAAUAUAGAAUGAGUGAAUAAUA